UGGAAACAACUUAUUUUGACGUCUACUUUAUCUCACUGUCUCAUGAUCUCUCUCUAUCUAUCUCUCACGGUCAACAACUCUUCCUUGCACUGUUAGCUAGCACUAGCAGUAAGUCAUCACCUACGAGACCAUCAGACGAAAUCUCUCUCAUCUACUCGUGUUGGGUCACGUUUAUAGGCCUGUACAUUGCCAAUUAUGUAGCAGAGGGGUCAUCAGAGUCAGGAGAAGAAUACAAGAAGAAUAAGAGGCAAACGAAGCCUGAUUUUCUAGAUAUGGUUCCCUGGUAUUCAGGUACUUCAGCUGAUCUAUACAAGACUGUUUUUGACCUCAUAAUAUCAGCAAAAGUCUUCCUAAGUCGCUUUGACCUGCGUAUGUAUCAGACAGUAAGGAAGCAAAAUUCGGAAGGGGAGACACAAAGGGACUAUUUACAUGAUGAUUUUAGUACAAAAGAAGAACUAUGGUUCGACUUCAUGGCAGAUACUGGUGACGGUGGGAACUCAACUUAUACUGUUGCACGGCCACUUGCUCAACGCAAAAUUAAAAUCGAAUCGGAUACCUUAAAACGCGGAGACUUACUCCUCAUUGGGGGGGAUCUUGCGUAUCCUAAUCCAUCAAAGUUAACAUAUGAAAGGCGCAUGUUUCGUCCUUUCAAGUAUGCUCUUCAACAACCACCUUCUCCUGUCGACACGCAUGCAGACUAUGCAGUGCCUCGAUGUUUUGCUAUCCCUGGAAACCAUGAUUGGUUUGAUGGACUUGAUACCUUUACAAAAAAUAUAUGUCAUGGGGAUUGGUUGGGAGGGUGGUUCUUGCCUCAGAAGACAAGUUAUUUUGCCCUGAAACUUCCUAUGGGAUGGUGGAUAUUCGGUCUUGAUCUUGCACUCCAUAGUGCUAUCGAUAACUACCAAUUAGAUUUUUUCUCCAAACUAGCUGAGGAAAAGGUUGAAAAGAAAGACUCUGUGAUCAUCAUGACACACCAACCGGAUUGGCUUGUUGAUUGGUAUGAGAAUGGUGAUUCUAGAAAUAAUGGCUCAGACUACCAAUCAAAAGAAAAAAAUGUCUUAGAUCUUAUCUAUGACAUUUUAAAAGAAAGGUGUAAACUUCGAAUUGCUGGUGACAUACAUCACUAUAUGCACCACUCAAUUGAUACAUCGAGAGAGUCAAAUUCAGUUUAUCCGCAACAUCUGCUAGUAAAUGGUUGUGGCGGAGCAUUUACACAUCCCACCCAUGUGUUUCGUGAUUUUAACAAAUCUCGUGGAGUUUUCUAUGAGUGCAAAGCCGAUUAUCCUUCUUUCAAGACAUCAAGAAGGCUUGCAUUAAGAAAUAUCUGGAAUUUCCGAAAGGAAAAUUGGCGAUUUGAUAUUGUUGGUGGCAUCAUAUACUUUAUGUUGGUCUAUUCUCUGUUCCCACAGUGUGAGCUUGACCACAUUUUUGAAGUAGAUUCAAUUUCCGGUUUCUUAAGGGCUUUCUUCGGCACAGUUUGGAAUGCUUUUAUGUACGUGGUGGACUACUCUUAUGUGUCUCUAAUAGCUACUUUGCUAUUUCUAAUUCUGGCGGUUGCAUUUGCACCUUCCAAACUGUCAUUGAAGAAAAGGAUAAUGAUUGGAAUUCUUCAUGUUUUUGCACAUCUGGCCGUAGCUCUAAUUCUUAUGUUGGUGUUGGAAGUGGGCAUUGAGACGUUUGUCAGGUUUAAUCUAGUAGCUACUACAGACUAUCAUUCUUUAUAUCGGUGGCACCAAUCUAUGUUGCAUAAACACCUUCCAGUUCUGAUUGGCAUUCAAAAUAGACUAAAACAGUGGACUUUUGGGCUUUAUCCAGCAUGUAUCAAGUAUCUAAUGUCUGGAUUUGAUGUACCAGAGCUCAUGGCGGUGGCACGGAGCAAUAUUUGCAAGAAUGGGAUGGAGUCUCUCUCUCGAAGGGGUUCCGCCAUUUAUUAUGCUUCCACCUUCCUUUAUUUUUGGGUAUUGUCAACCCCUGCAGUUGCCUUAGUAUUUGGAAACUACUUGCACAUCUGCAUCAACUGGUUCAACUUACACUAUGAUGAAGCCUUCUCCUCACUUAGGAUAGCUGAUUACAAGGCAUUCACACAAUUUCACAUCAACCAUGAGGGUGAUCUUGAAGUUUAUACCCUUGCAGUUGAUAAGGUACCAAAGGAAUGGGAGCUGGAUCCUGAAUGGAAGGGGCCGAAUUCGGAUGAGUUGAGCCACCUUAGAGAGAAUCCCAGCCAAUGGAAGGCUGCUGCGUCGGAUGAGGAACCGUUAAAGACUGUCAAGAUUAUUGACAAAUUCGUUAUUCCACGUACGAGAGAAGAUAGUCCUGACGAUACCAGUGGAACUGCAACAGAGGUCCCUGGCACUGAGCAAAAUUCCUUGGAUGAGAAAAAACAGAAGGAGAAGGAGACAACUCUGGAGACUGAAGGGAAAACUAAUGUGGAUCAAACUGUUGCAGCUGAGGAAAUUCAGGAGGUAGAGGAGAGACAAAGCGAAGCCAAGUAAUCUCAAUUGAGAAACUUUUUUCAAAUGGUUUGGUUAUUGAGGAGCUAGCAAUGGGCAAACCAGAUGGCAAAAGAGCUUCUCCUGGAAAUUAAGAAGGUUAUUAUUUGUUAACUUCUCAUGUGGUCAGGUUCCCCAUUUAAGCCUUGGUCCUCAGCUUCUCACAUAAAAUAGAGAUUAUGUUACGAAGGGAACCAAUUAUAUUACCUUUUAGUCUAUUGACUUUUGAAUGUUUCCUCAUAUUUAAGAUUGUUUGUUGGAGUUAUAAUGGCCUCUUGGGCUAUAAUUGCUAAGACACUUUUCUUUCUUUGAAAAGAAUUGCUAAGAAACUUUAUGAGCUGAGGAGUUAAGAAUGAAUUAAAGGGCUUUAGCCAUUCUAUUGUUUGGCUCCAGUCAGUA